CCUCCCCCUUUCCUUUUCUCUUGCUUGGCUGAGGGGUCGGAGCCGCCGCCGGUCCCCCCCCCCGUCACCCGCCCGGGCGAGCCACGGCAAGAUGGCGGCGGUGAGCGGGGUGUCGGUCGUGGCCCGGCUGGAGGGCCGCGAGUUUGAGUACCUGAUGAAGAAGCGCUCGGUGACGGUAGGCCGGAACUCGUCCCAGGGCUCGGUGGACGUGAGCAUGGGCCACUCCAGCUUCAUCUCCCGCCGCCACCUGGAGAUCUUCACGGCCGAGGAGGGCGGCGGCGAGUUCUACCUGCGCUGCCUGGGCAAGAACGGGGUGUUCGUGGACGGCGUGUUCCAGAGGAGAGGGGCCCCGCCGCUGCAGCUCCCCCGAGUAUGCACCUUCAGAUUUCCCAGCACAAAUAUCAAGAUCACAUUCACAGCUCUGGCCAGCGACAAGAAGGAGAAACAAGAGGCCCCUGAAUCCCCAGUGAAACCAGUGCAGCCCCAGAUCUCUCCGCUGACCAUAAACAUUCCAGAGAACAUGGCUCAUUUGAUCAGCCCUCUGCCCUCACCCACAGGAACUAUAAGCGCUGCAAACUCUUGCCCCUCCAGCCCUCGUGGCGCAGGCUCGUCAGGUUACAAAAUGGGCCGUGUCAUUGCCGCAGACCUUCACUUAAUGACAGAAAACUCCCAAUCAGAGAAUGACAAGGAGGCUUCGGGAGGAGACAGUCCCAAGGAUGACUCCAAGCCACCUUACUCCUAUGCACAGCUUAUAGUCCAAGCGAUUACUAUGGCCCCUGACAAACAGCUCACAUUAAAUGGAAUAUAUACGCACAUAACAAAAAACUAUCCAUAUUACCGGACUGCAGAUAAAGGCUGGCAGAAUUCUAUACGUCACAACCUCUCUCUGAACCGAUAUUUCAUCAAAGUACCACGAUCGCAGGAAGAGCCUGGUAAGGGAUCGUUCUGGAGGAUAGACCCAGCAUCCGAGAGCAAGUUAAUAGAGCAAGCUUUUAGGAAACGAAGGCCAAGGGGAGUACCCUGCUUCAGGACACCUUUAGGACCCCUUUCAUCAAGGAGUGCACCGGCCUCUCCAAACCACUCUGGAGUCUUGUCUGCCCAUUCAAGUGGCGUCCAGACCCCGGAGAGUCUGUCUAGGGAAGGCUCGCCAGUUCCUCUGGAUCCAGAACCUAGCACCAUCCAGCCAAAGCUCGCAGUCAUCCAGGAAGCGCGGUUUGCACAGAGCGCUCCAGGAUCUCCACUCUCCAGCCAACCAGUCCUCAUCACUGUGCAACGGCAGCUCCCACAAACCAUAAAACCGGUCACAUAUACAGUGGCCACCCCCGUGACCACCUCCACAUCCCAGCAGGCGGUUAUGCAAACUGUACAUGUUGUGCACCAAAUCCCAGCAGUAUCUGUCACCAAUGUGACCGGCUUGACACCCAUCAAUACCUACACGGUCGCAGGGCAAGCUAUGGUUGCACAGGCUGUGAUGGCCCAUCCCAAGCUAGAACCACACGAGAAUGGUGACCACAAGGAGGUUAAAGUUAAAGUAGAAACUAUUCCAGCAAUUGGCCAUCCUGCGCUUACUACAGCCAGUAGGAUCAUUCAGACCUCCGCCUCUGCUCCCCUCCAAACAGUUACUAUAGUUCAAGCUCCUCUAGGUCAACACCAGCUUCCAAUUAAAGCAGUAACACAGAAUGGGACACACAUGGUUCCCAUCACCACUGCCAUUCAAGGACAGGUCACCACAGCUAACUCCAACUACUCGCUGAUUGAGAGCCCCUGGCAGUGGAGAGGAAAUGGAACCAGAGCCGCAGCAAGCCCUCUACACAUGCUGGCGACUCAUGCCUCUGCGUCCGCCUCUCUCCCAACCAAGAGGCAGAACGGAGACCAGUCCGACCAGCCGGACCUAAAACGAAACAAAGUAGAUGAACGUGAGGAUUUAGUGAUAGCCGUAAACCGAGAAGUCAAAACGGAGGGAACCACAACAUCAAAUGAACAGGACAACCAAAAAUAGGAUCCGUGGCAACUUUUCUUUUUCUUUUUCUUCUUUGUUCUUUCAUUGUUUUUUGUAAGUUACAUACACAAAGAAACACAACAGAAAAAGGUGCCAAAUGCAGACACUCUUUAUCGAACAGGGCCCUGUGGAAAACCAAACUUUAUAGAUCAGCACUGAAAAAAAAAAAAACACAGGUGGCCUUAAAAACUACAAUUAACAAUUUCAGAAAGGAAAAAAAAAAACACAAAUGAUGUAGGUUUUUUCCCAUUUUCCUGGGUAUCUUAAGGCCGUCCCCCCUUUCCUGCUCGUUCGGUGCACACAAUUGGAAGUACGCCCUAGUAUGGAAGGAGACGGAUUUUUUUAAAACAAACUACGUUCACUGAUGCGUGGUUACUCAUUUUGUUUUGUAUUUUCCUUUUACGUACUGAGCACAUCAUUGUGGUUCGCAUGAUAAGUGCUUGCUGUGGACUGGUUGAGAAAUAAGAGUAUAUUUCUUUAAAGGGAGAAGCUAUAAUUUCCAUCUCUUGGCAGCUAGCCUCCUUUUAUUCCCCCUUUCAGAGCCAGGCAAAAGCUCAGUCUUGGUUGUGAACGGGUUUGUAUACAUCAGAUUGCAUCUGUUUGCUGGACACAUGGAUUUAGGAUUUUCAUUUCCCAGCAAACAGACGGGUCAUACAUUUCGUCGUUUCCAUCCACUCCAGUUCUACAGCUACUUUAUUUUGCAAAGCCAAGUUCUUUGGAUGUUUUUUGAUUUUGGUCAAACUGAAUGUAGUUUAUAUUAUUUUUAAUUUCUUUUUUUUUUCUUUAUUUGUUUUAUUAGUCCCGGUAGCCUCUACAUCUUACACCUGCGAGAUGUAUGUUUUUUGUUUUGUUUUUUUUAUAUAUGAGUUGUGUGCGUUUUUGUUUUUUUGUUUUUUUCUUUAUCCUCUUCAUAUUUUAUUCUGACAUGACCCCAUAUUUUUUUCUGGCCAUUUUUGUGGUGGUUAAAAACAAAAGCUUCUUUUGAGCGUGCAUGUAACAAGACUCUUGGGAAGAAAAGGAAAAAGAGAAAAAGUAAAGUAAGAGACAUUUAACAAAUUGUAAAGAAACUGCUAUGAGUUUUGAUCAGAGCUGCACUUAACUCCUUGCCCCUUCUGUUCUCUGUUUCCCUGGCCUAAAUAUCCUGUCUUUCACCCUUCCUCCCACUACUUCUAGAGUAAAGAAACUUGCUUAAUAUUGUGUAUGUUUAAAUGGCAGAACCAGCUGUUAAGCUCCCACUUAGAGACGUAAAACAAACCAACAAAAAAAACAAACGACAAGACAUCAAGAAGAAAACAAAAGCAAAAAAUAAAAAAAAUCGUAAAGCAAAUGUCUCCAGGGUACAGUCAACAUUUUUACAUAUUAAAUGAUAAAACAAUGAGAUUUUGGCUCUCAGCACCUUGACUAGGAUUUUUUAAGAGGUUUUUGUUUUACUUUUAACAUGUUAAUUACCAACAUAAUAAUGGAAGCCCUGUCUGUUCGUGUUACGAAUGUGUGUGGGUUUUGUUUUUUGUUUUUCUUUGUUUGUUUUUGCCCCCUUUUCCUCAAUGGAGGUCUACAAAUCUUUUAAACAGGGGGCUAUUUUUAUUGGCCAAGCUUUAUUCAAGCUCUUGGUGUCCACCAAAAAUGUACAAAGAUUUUUUUUUUCCCCAUCAUGUUGUUAUAUAUGCAGUUGGGUUUUAUUCUAAACAGCAGACGUUCGACCUGUAAACACUAGCUUAAAAAGUUUGGACCAUUACAAAAAAAUCUAUUGCCUAAUUCAAGUACA